AUGGCUAGUAGCAAUGAAACCAUGACAAAUAAAAAUUCAACAUCUGAUAUUAAAUGCAUAAUUCUUCAACAAACAUUAACUGGAAAAAGAGAACCUAAAGUAACAACAAUACCAAAACCACCAGCACCGACUGAUGAUGAAGUAUUAAUAGCUGUCAAAGCUUGUGGAAUCAGUUUUAAUGAUGUUCUUGCUCGUUAUGGUCUGUUAGAAGAUACUCCACGACCUCCAUUUGUACCCGGUUUUGAAUUUAGUGGUGAAGUACUUGAUAUUGGAACAAAUGUUACUAACGUUGAUAGAGGUGAUCGUGUUGUUGUAAUUACAUAUUUUUCAGCUUGGACUGAACAAAUUAUUGUUAAAAAAGAUUUAGUUUUUAAAAUUCCAAAAGAAAUGACAUAUCGAGAAGCAGCCGUACUUCCUGUUGCAUAUCUUACUGCAUAUAUACUUCUAUUUGAAAUUGGUAAUAUUAAACCAAAUCAAACAUUAUUAUUUCAUUCAGCUGGUGGUGGUAUUGGUGUUGCAUUAACUCAACUUUCAAAACUUGUGCCUAAUUUAACACUUAUAGCAACAGCAAGUUCACAUAAAUUUGAAGUAUUGCGUGCUCAUAUUCAUUAUUUAUUUGAACAUGAUAUUGACUAUAUAGAAGACGUAAAAAAAAUAGCACCAGAUGGUGUUGAUUUAGUUCUUGAUUGUAUGGCAGGUGAUGAUUGUGAACGUGGUCUUGCUUUACUUAAAUUUAAUGGAAAAUAUAUUAUGUAUGGUACAUCAAGUUUACUUGGUUGGAGUGUAAAAAAUUUCUUUGGCCUUACAAAAGGAAUGUCUAAUUGGUGGCAAAAUGAUAAAAUAAGUUGUUUACGUUUAUUUCAAGAUAGCAAAUCAAUACAUGGUUUUAAUUUAAUUCAAUUACUUCUACGUGGUUCAAAUGAUACACGUCGUUAUUUAGCUGAUAUAAUGCAUAAAAUAUUUAUUCUUUAUAAAGAAGGAAAAAUAAAACCAGUUAUAGAUUCUGUAUUUACAUUUGAAGAAAUAAAUAAUGCUCUUGGAAAAUUAAUUGAACGUAAAAAUAUUGGUAAAGUAGUAAUCGAACCAUUUGUUCAAGCAAAAAUAGAAAAAGCAAAAAAAUUAAAAACUAAUACAUCACAUGGACGUUCUGAGGAUGCUCAUUCAAGUUCAACAUCAGGUCCUGAUGAUGAUGAUAAUGAUGACAAAGAUCCAGAAGAUUUUCAACAAAAAUAA